CAACAACGAUUUUGAUUAAAAAAAUAGCAACAGGCACUACUCCCCAGUCCCCACCGAGCCGCACACUGCAUGCUCCCUUAUCCAAAACAUCGCCAUUCCUCGGCCGGCCAGUCCACUGCCGCUCCGCCGCCUCGUCGGCUAGGCCGCCGCGCCACCAUCGGAGCUUCAUGGCCGCCGGCACCUUCAACCGUUGCUACACACCGCCCGGGCUUGCCCACCUCCAGAUCGAGCCGGCAAACGGACGGAUCCGUCUUCCCCGUGUCCGUCCCAGUCCUCUCUGCCUCGCCGGAGUCGUCAAGGUGCCGGCCCUCAUCCACCAAGUCAACUGCAUCGCACCCCUGCUUCGUCUCGGGAGGAGCAGCGAGCCAGCGCCCGCUUCUGCAUCGAGCACUGCUCGAUCCGACCGCGUCGCCCAAGGCCCAGUCCGCCGCCGCCUUCCUCCACCCUCGCCGUCCUCCCGCCGGAGGUCGCCGCCAGCAUGAACGUCGCCUCCUCAAACUCUCCGCCCGCCUCCGGCCACGUCCUCGACUGGAUCCGCCGGAUCUUCAUCGCCACGCCAAGUCCCGCAGCCUGACACCGCCGCAUUUUCUUCCCCUGCGCUGCUCGAGAACGAGCAGAGCCGCCGUUCCUCACUUAAAGAGAGACCGCGGUGCAAUUUCUGGAAAACUGAAGGGCUUUUUUGCAAAACAGCCACGACGACGGACGACCAGAAACGCUAGCCGCUUUAUUAUUAAAUUAUUAAUUAUUAAAUUAUUAAUUAUUAAUUAUUAAUUAUUAAUAUUAAUAUUAAUUAUUAAUUAUUAUUAUUAUUAGGUAGAGAGUAGAGAUAGAGAUUAUAUAGUUAAACCGAUGAAAUUCGUCCGUUUUACGCAAAUAUAUAUCAAACUUAUGUCCGUUUGCAUGUAUUCGUCGUGUUUGCAUGUUGUUUGUAAAUUGCGUACGAUCGAGGGAUGGAUGGCGGUUCUCCCGUAUCACUAUCCGCGCGUUCGUUUUAUAUUAGGGGCAAUUUGGAGAUACCUGUCAAAUCAAUUACGCCAUGUGAGAUGGGAAGGGACCCUGACUGAAAUCCAAUAGGGCGCUCCUCAAUUCUGUUUCGUCUAGAACGACGCCCGCAGACCGCCCCGCUUUCUUCGCUCUCUCGACUGCUCCUCCGCCACCGGAGCUCCGCCCGCCGGUCGUCCUCCGCCCCCUGUACGCCCUCCACCGCGCGAGCCUGUCCCGUCCCGCCCUAUCUUCCGCGCGGCCCCGUCCCGGCCCCGCCUUCUCCUCGCCGCGCCGCCGUCCGCGAUCGCCGGGGUGAUGAACAAGCGACCCCGCGACGAGCCCUCCUCCUCCCUCGCCUCCGCCCAAAAGCGCCAGUUCGGCGCAGGCGGCGGCGGCGGCGGCUACGGGGGACAACAAGGGUACUCGGAGGAGCGGAACAGCGCGCGGCGGGUGGCGGACCACUACAGCGCCCGAUCGAAUCAGACGCUCGAGGAGCGCGAGAACAGCCCCAUCAUCCACCUCAAGAAGCUCAACAACUGGAUAAAGAGCGUCCUGGUCCAGCUGUAUGCGCGUCCAGGAGACUGCGUUCUAGAUCUUGCCUGUGGCAAGGGAGGGGAUUUGAUAAAGUGGGAUAAGGCCAGGGUUGGCUAUUAUGUAGGCGUUGAUAUUGCAGAAGGCUCGAUAAAAGAUUGUAUGACCCGUUAUAACGGUGAUACUGAUCAACAGCGAAGGAAGAAGUUCAGCUUUCCUGCACGGCUUAUUUGUGCUGAUUGUUACGAGACUCGUCUGGAUGAGUAUCUAUGUGAGGAUGCUCCAUUUGACAUAUGCAGCUGCCAGUUUGCAAUGCACUACUCAUGGUCAACUGAAGCACGUGCAAGACAAGCCCUUGCUAAUAUAUCUGCAUUGCUUCGUCCUGGAGGCACUUUCAUUGGAACGAUGCCUGAUGCUAAUGUCAUUAUUAAAAGGCUAAGAGAAACUGACGAGAUGGAGUUUGGAAACAGUGUUUACUGGAUUACCUUUGGUGAAGAGUACAACGAAAAGAAAUUCCCCGCAUCCAGGCCUUUUGGUAUCAAGUACAAGUUUCAUUUAGAGGACGCAGUUGAUUGCCCGGAGUGGGUUGUUCCAUUCCAUCUCUUCAAACUACUGGCAGAGGAGUAUGAUUUAGAGCUGGUUCUAAUGAAGAACUUCCACGAAUUUGUACAUGAGUACCUGCAAAAGCCUGAAUUUGCUGAUCUCAUGCGAAGGCUGGGUGCUCUUGGUGAUGGACGAUCGGUCCAAAGCACACUAUCGCAGGAUGAGUGGGAAGUGUCCUAUCUCUACCUCGCAUUUGUUCUGCGUAAGCGAGGCCCUCCACCCUCCCAGCGGAGAGCCAACAAUGCUAACAGAGGGAAGACGUUCCUUGCUGAGGAGGACAUCGAGUUUCUUAGCAUAUAAAGCAGAAUUUGCCCUCCUGGAGCUUACUAACAAGUUACAGAUUCUACGCGUCACAUUGCGUAAAAGAAAGUUGUAUCUUUAGUGGCUCACCUGUGGUCUCUCCUAGGCGUAUCUGUUAUGUAACUUACCAGGUGUAAUGUAUAAACAGCAUGGGCUAGAUACUCGUUAUGUAAUUUUGCAGGGAUGAAUAAAUAUUUAGGUGUCAAUACUUCACGCAAAGCACUGAAGUUUUAUAUGAAACGUGGAAACAUCUGUUCACUCAUUUUAA